ACCCGAGUGGGCACCCGAGAUGCCCACUGUGUAUAAAUACCUCCUGCUGGCAUCGACCUCUCACUUCUCAAUUUCCUUUUUAUUAUCGAAAAUCCACUUUGGUGUUACUCCGGUAGCGCACAGGAGCAGACAUGUCUCAUAAAUGGGGAUACGGACCGUCUAACGGCCCUGACAAAUGGGAAGAAGGUUACCCAAUCGCCAACGGACCCAGACAGUCUCCCAUCAACAUCGUCCCAAAGGAAGCCCAGUUUUCUCCUUCCCUCAAGCCUCUCAAACUUAAAUAUGACCCGUCCAACUCCUUGAGCAUUCUCAACAACGGGCACUCUUUCCAGGUGGACUAUUUGGAUGACGUCGAUUCUUCUACUCUUACUGGAGGUCCUAUUUCUGGAACUUACCGUCUGAAGCAGUUUCACUUCCAUUGGGGAGCCAGUGAUGAAAGAGGUUCUGAGCAUACCGUCAAUGGCAUCAAGUUCCCCUGUGAGCUUCACCUGGUGCACUGGAACACCAAAUAUCCCAGCUUCGGAGAGGCGGCCAGUCAACCCGAUGGACUCGCUGUGGUCGGGGUCUUACUCAAGAUUGGUGCUGCCAACCCCAAACUGCAGAAAGUGUUGGAUGGCUUGGAUGCCAUUAAAACAAAGGGAACGCAGACCACCUUUCCUAACUUUAACCCCGAGAGUCUCCUUCCCGUCUCACUGGAUUAUUGGACAUACGAUGGCUCUCUGACCACACCGCCUCUUUUGGAGAGCGUCACAUGGAUCGUUCUCAAGGAACCUAUCAGUGUCAGCCCUGCACAGAUGGCCAUGUUCCGCAGCCUGCUGUUCAGCGGAAAAGGAGAGGAGGAGUGCUGCAUGGCAGACAACUACCGGCCUCCGCAGCCAUUGAAGGGCCGGCAGGUCCGCGCCUCCUUCAGAUAAAGAAGGCCUCAUUAAUGGCAAUGUCUCCCAGAGGGCUGCUGCGGCAAGAAAUCAUCCCAUUUCUAUUCAUUGGUGUGAAAAUUAUUUAAUGGUGACAAAAUAAUGGAUCUUUUUUCAUCUGCCAUUACAUAAAGGUAGAAUUAAAUACAUGUUCUUCAACCAGAUGUAUCUGCAACUUUAAGUGACGUAUCUGUUUAGUGGUAAGAUUUCUUCCAAUGUGAAAGAAAUGCUUUGGAUCAAUAAAUGAUAGCAAACACUGAUUAAAAAUCA